AUGACCGUGGAAGACUCCUUCGCUGCUUCCACUAACAGAAGCUCUUCUCCGCUGCUUGGCUCUCCGGUCUUCUCCAGCCGUAUAGUCGGGGGCACUGAUGCUGUGGAUGGGGAGUGGCCCUGGCAGGUCAGCGUGACGAAAUACUUCUAUCAUAUAUGUGGGGGAAGCCUCAUCUCCAGGCAGUGGGUGCUCUCCACCGCACACUGCUUCCAAAAAAAUUCUCAAUUGAAUUCUUAUUAUUUGCGAUUGGGUGCAUACAAACUGGGAUCUUACACCAAUGAUCAUGAAGUUAUGGUCUCUCUGAAGGAAAUUAUCACUCACCCCCAGUACACCGGUGAAGUGGCCAGCAGAGGGGACAUUGCUCUGCUGAAGCUCUCAAGCCCGGUCAUCUACACCAAGUACAUCAUGCCCAUCUCUCUGCCAGCUUCCUCCGUCACCUUCCCCUGUGGCAUGGAAUGCUGGGUAACCGGCUGGGGAAACAUUGCAUCAGGAGUGGAUCUGCCAGAACCUAUGACCCUUCAGAAGGUGGAGGCUCCACUGAUAGACCUUGAGCGAUGUAGGAAGAUGUUUCGUGAGGGCAAUGCACCCAGUAAUGCCAUACUCCUAGAUGACAUGAUAUGUGCCGGAUUUGUAGAAGGAAAGAGAAGCAGCUGCCAGGGAGACUCUGGAGGACCUCUGGUGUGUAAGGUUAGAGGUGUCUGGUACCAGGUUGGAGCUGUAAGUUGGGCAGUUGGUUGUGCUCUUCCAAACUUCCCAUCGGUGUUUACCCUGGUGCCAUCAUACCAGUCAUGGAUACAAGAACACAUCCCCGAUAUGACAUUCACCAAACUGACAAAUAUUCCAGAGCCAAGUGUGAAAUGUUCCGGGAACCUCAGCGUCCCAGAUCCCAGGUGGCCAGUUCUGUGCCUGGUGACAUUAUUAGUCAUCAUUUUUUAUCCUUCAUCUUCCACUACCACAACCUCAUCACCGCCGGUGUGCGGCUCCCCAGUAUUCUCCAGCAGGAUAGUCGGGGGCACAGACGCUCUGGAUGGAAGAUGGCCCUGGCAGGUCAGCGUGCAGUAUUAUGGCAGCAAUAUAUGUGGAGGGAGCCUGAUCUCCCGCCAGUGGGUGAUGUCCGCAGCAAACUGCUUUCCAUAUUACACCAUUAAAGCGGCCUACACCAUGUACUUUGGGCUCUUCAGGUUAUCAGAGGCGUAUAACCACACUCAGAGCUCUUCUGUCUCUAACAUCUAUAUACACCCUAACUAUACGGGGACUGGAAGUCCAGGAGACAUCGCUCUGGUGAAGCUCUCCAGCCCGGUCAGCUACACCAGUUACAUCAUGCCCAUCUGUCUGCCCGCCGCCUCGGUCAUCUUCCCCGAAGGCUUGGAGUGCUGGGUAACCGGUUGGGGCUCAGAGGCGCCCUCUGUGAAUCUACCGUAUCCUAAGACUCUUCAAGAAGUGAUGACCCCACUGAUUGACUACAAAACGUGUGAUGCUAUGUACCACGUUAACGCUAAUGUGAAUGCGGACACCAGCAUUAUCAAGGAUGAUAUGAUAUGUUCCGGGUACGAAAAUGGAAUGAAGGAUUCAUGCCAGGGAGACUCUGGAGGACCUCUGGUGUGUAAAGUAAAUGGUGCAUGGUACCAGGCUGGCAUUGUCAGUUGGGGCGAGGGAUGUGCUAAACCUUAUCGCCCUGGAGUCUACACUCUCACUACUGUCUACCAGCAAUGGAUACAAAGAUACAUCCCAGAACUUAACUUCACAAACCCGGGUCCAACUGAAGUUGGUUCAACUGUAGCUCCAACUAAAGUUGGCCUAACUAUAGCUACUGAUGAAGGCUCCAAGCUGCUGGGUCAAGAGAUGACGACUAAAUGUGUCACCAGAAAAUGA